CGCAGCCUCUGGAGCGAGCGAGGCCACUGCCGCCGCCAGUGCCGCAGCCGCAGCAGGCGUGAGGAGCGGACGCGAGGCGCUCGGCCGGGUUAAUAUUACAUGGUGUCAGGAGUGGGAUCUGAAGGAGCCAGCCCCUGAGGAGCGACGACCCCCAGAAUCGAACGAGGAGAUCAAAACACUCAGAUGGCAGAUAACAGUUUUUCAGACGGUGUUCCUUCAGACGCCUUGGAGGCUGCUAAAAAUGCAAGUCACACAGAAAAGCUCACUGAUCAGGUGAUGCAGAAUCCUCAAGUUCUGGCAGCUCUACAGGAACGGCUUGACAGUGUCUCCCACACUCCUUCCAGUUACAUCGAGACCCUGCCCAAGGCCGUCCGGAGGAGGAUCAACGCACUGAAGCAGCUGCAGGUGCGCUGCGCCCACAUCGAGGCCAAGUUCUACGAGGAGGUGCACGACCUGGAGAGGAAGUACGCCGCCCUGUACCAGCCCCUCUUCGACAAGAGAAGGGAGUUCAUCACCGGGGAUGUGGAGCCGACGGACGCCGAGUCAGAGUGGCACAGUGACAACGAAGAGGAGGAUAAGUUGGCGGGAGACAUGAAAAAUAAAGUAGUCAUAGCAGAAAAAGAAGCAGCAACAGCAGAGGAGCCAAACCCCAAAGGAAUUCCAGAGUUCUGGUUCACCAUCUUCAGAAAUGUAGAUAUGCUAAGUGAGUUAGUCCAGGAGUAUGAUGAACCGAUCUUGAAGCACCUGCAGGAUAUCAAAGUGAAGUUUUCAGACCCUGGGCAGCCUAUGUCUUUUGUAUUAGAGUUCCACUUUGAACCCAACGACUACUUCACCAAUUCAGUCCUGACAAAAACGUACAAGAUGAAGUCAGAGCCGGAUAAGGCCGACCCCUUCUCCUUUGAAGGUCCUGAAAUCGUUGAUUGUGAUGGGUGUGUUAUUGACUGGAAGAAAGGGAAAAACGUUACAGUCAAAACAAUCAAGAAGAAGCAGAAACAUAAGGGCCGAGGCACAGUGAGGACAAUUACCAAGCAAGUUCCCAACGACUCCUUUUUCAACUUCUUCAGCCCGCUGAAAGCGUCUGGAGACGGAGAGUCCCUGGACGAAGACUCGGAGUUCACAUUAGCCUCUGACUUUGAAAUUGGACACUUCUUCCGUGAGCGGAUAGUCCCGCGGGCUGUGCUCUACUUCACGGGGGAGGCCAUAGAGGACGGCGACGACUUUGAAGAGGGUGAGGAAGGAGAAGAGGAGGAGUUGGAAGGUGACGAGGAGGGAGAAGAUGAGGACGACGCCGACAUGAACCCCAAGGUGUAAUUUUUGUCUGUUAUUCAUGCAUUUUUAGAAGGAGCCCAGCCAGCCCUCGGAGUGCAAACAGCAGUGAGGAGCGAGACCCCCGGCGGCAGCGGCGGACUUGUCGCGGCGGCCCCACCACCGUACUGGCAGUGCUUUCUUCUGGCUUGUUUUCAAGUGCAUGAUUUUGACUUUAACUUUCCCUUUAUCCUUAUUAUUUUGCUUAACCUGUACAGUGGCGACUUAAAUGCAUUUCAGAAAUAGGAGGUUUGAUUCCAGCGCCCUCUACGGCCUUGGGUGCAGCCCAGUGGACUUUCCCAGGCCCUGCCUCCGGGAGGGCCCCAGAGACCCCGGGGGAAAGGGGUGGCAGAAGGUGGGGCGAUGCCAAGAGCAGACGUCGGGGAGGGGGGUGGUUCCGGGGCCUGUAGGACCAGUCCCGCCCCUCCGCGGUCGGACUGGAUUCUUCUUCCCUUGAAGAAAGCUGCGUGCUCUGUCUCCCGCCUCUGCGUCUCCUGUGCUCUGGCGGGCUCAGAAGAGCGGCACAGGGUCCUGUGCUCCGUAGAACACCCCGUCUCUGGUUCUGUGUCCCUCGGGGUGCGGCAGGGGCGGCGGUGCGCCCCAGCCCUGAGGCACGAGUGUUUGUGGUUCAUCCUCAUAUUUAUUUAUUCUUUCCUGCUGGUGGGGGCUUGGGACGCUUGCUGUCACUUGUCCUUACACUCUCAGAAACCAUGUGUGUGACGGGUGACCUGGCGACUCGCCUGGGGGGGGGGGUGGCUCCCAGGGGAGCAAGGCCUGUGGAGAAGGAACCUCGCUCUGUGCUGCCUGCGGCUGAGGGCGGGCGCUCGUUCUCAUGGCAUCCAGACCGCCUGGCUCUGGGGGAUGGCGGGCCUGCGGGCGCAGGUGAGGGGCCGGGGCUGGGACGCGCUGCUGUCCUUCUAAUGUGUCCAUGUCAAGUCUUGCUUUCGCACAACCCCCACUUCUUGGCCCCGUGCUCGUCUUGUUCUAAAAACCCUGGGCUCAGAACGACCUGUUCUUGGCUGGCGUGUGGGGUUUCUGAGUGUGCGACCAUGGUCUCUGGCAGCCGGGACGUGUGUCCACACUGUGACCAGGUCUGUAGAGUGCUCGGCCUUACUUCUAAUAACAUUUGUAACUGAAUACGGUGUUUUCAGUUUGUACAGAAUAGUUAGAAUAUUCUAUUAAAGUUGUGAAACGUGGA